UAGUGUGUGUAUGUGUAUGUGUGUGUGUGUGUGUGUGUAUGUGUAUGUACGUAAUUGUUGGUAUGGUAUGCAAUAUAUGGAUUGCCAUUGAAAACCAUGGCGGCGCGAGGACGGCAAUAUCACAGCUGAAGAUUUAUAAGAGAGCUCAAAGAAAUUGGAAAAAGUCGUGAGCCAAUUUCUGACUAUGUCUGGAGCGUGAUUAGGUUCAGGGAAAGCAUGAAAAUUGAGAUAACUGAAUUAAUUGUGCAAUCAGUAUAAAGAAACGUCAAAUUUAGAUGGAUUUGACCAUUGCGAGACAUGUUCUCACAACCACUGCGAGAUGUUCUCACAUGGAUCUGCUUCUAGUUGGUAACAGACUUGAAAAUUAGCAAAUUACGGUUUCAGCUACUGGAAUUGAUCCGAUAUUGAGCUAGAUGAACCGCCAGGGUUUGCUUCUUCUGUAAUUAAGAUUGGAGUAAGAAUGAGAUCAAUGUGCAGAAACCAAAUGAUAAGCUUCGGAUGCCUAUGCUUCACAAGGGAAAAGCGAUGGAAGAAUAAAAAGAAGGAAACGUGUGCUCACCAGAUGUCAGAGCCCAGCAGUUUGGAUUUUGGUGCUCCACCUGUCUUUUCUUCCAUUCUGGAGCAUAAGCGGUUGUGUGAUCCUAGCUAUGAAGUUCCUGAUGGGCCUCUGGGAUUUGGCUGAGUUAUCUUUUGGUCAUAUAUAUGCCCAUUACAUUUGACUGAAUAUGUGGGUGAAGUUCUGAUAUGAGGCCGGAUCAAUUGAAUUUCAAAAGCCUGACUGUGAUUUUUGUAUCGACUUUGAACUAAGAAAAGAAGAAAGCUAGGGCAUAGCAUCCACAUAAAAACUCCAAAGUCCGCCGCUCCUCCCGGUCUCUCUGUCCUCCUCCUCUCCACAAGAAGGUAUGUUAUGUUACUUUGUAGUUUAAUUCUGAAUUUCUAAUUAUCAUCACUUGUUUAUUGAAACAUGUGGACACUGCAUCUAUGUAUGCAAAUGUGUCUAAUUGAAUUUUUUUCUGCUUUUAAGUCUUCCUUUCCUUUUUUUCUGGAAUAUAUGGUGAUGUGGGGGUUUCCCCUCAAUUUCAUGACAAUUAUCUAUUUGCUCAAAAUGGGAAUUUGGUCCACGUAUUGUUAUUUAGAUUUUGUUUUAAUCAAAGUAUUGGGGUUUUUUACAUCUAUGAACGAAGUACAUGUUUUAUCACAAAUGCAGUUAUCUAUACACAUGGAACACACCGCAAUACUUACUUUUUUUUUCUUAGAUGGAAAAAUGGAAACUGGAAAAGAAAUUGAAUGAAUGAAUACCAUAGCUAAGUUUUGAAAGUGAAAAGGUUUAUAUUGAUUGAAAGAAUGGUUUGGUUUAGGAUAAGGAAAUGUAUUGAGAGCACACAAUUAGAUCCUUGGUGUCGGAAUUAGAAUGUUUUUUUAAUGAAACUGGAGUUUAUUUAAUGUGAAUUUUAGUUUCAUGGCCCCAUUUCAUGUUACAAACACAAUAUAUCAGGCUUAGAUCUUCUAUAAAGAUUAUGACAAUGAAAGUUGGGAACUCUAGGGUUUCAAUUUCAAUGUGCAAGUCUGUCUCUACGUAUGACGUUGAUGUCCAUUUUAAUGAUAUAUGAGCUUUUUCCAAGAUAUAUUUACACAUGCAAGUGGUGUCAUUCUUUUCUGUUGAAGUAAAUGUAAUAUAGGUUUGUUGUUUGAAAUUAUUUGCCCACAUUCGAGCUUAUCAGAUUUGGAGAGAGAUCCAUUUUUCCAAUACUAAGAAGACAGUUGAAAUUUAUUGCCUAUAUUUGAUUAGGAUUUAGAUGAUAAAAUUGGAUCUUCUUCUUGUUGAAAUAACAAAACGAAAAUAAAGAUUUAGGUUUGGCAUAAUUCUCACAGGCUUCAUCUUGAAUUCAUUAAAGGUUCUGCAGAAAUAGUGGCAAUCAUGCAUGUGAUUCUUGUUUCAAGAGCCUUGACUAUAUGCAUAGUGAUGGGGGACAAUGACAUUGUAAAAAUUUACGUUUAGAUUAGUGGCCAUAAUCCAAAGCCCCAAGUACUUUCUGAGCAUUACCGACGUGAGAGUGAAUUUGUUGGGAGUUUUUAAAUGUUAUCCGUGGACCAGGAUUUUGUGAUCUUUUAUUUCUAUCUUCAAUUUGUUUUGUAUGUCUAAGUACUUAAUUAUACGAACAUUUUUGUUUAAUAUUGCGGUUUUUUAGAUGGUUUAUGUUUUGCUAUGAGCAUAUUUUUGUAUUUUAAUAUUCUUUUGAGUCAUUUUAUUGUUUGUCUCAAGAUAUACUCCUCAAAAUACCUCGAGGCUUACCCCUGGCUUUAAGGUGUAAAAGUACCUCAAUAUUCAAUUAUGAUUUCUAACUCUGUUUCCUUCGCAUCUUAUAUUAACUGUAGAUACACACCCUUUUCUGUUCAUAAAAUUUAAUUUAGUUUCAUCAAAAUUUGUUUAGAUACAAUUGCUCAUCUAGUUCCCCGUUAAAGCCACAUCUUCUUUUAAUUUAUGCUGCAAUAUGAACUAUAGUUUAGUAGUUAUAAUGUAAUGACAUGUCUUUGAUUUAGUUAAAUCAUCAUCUUCAUUAUGAACUAUCUAACUGCAGUUUCUGAUCCUGUGGUUGCUUCAAGACAGUGAGUCAUGAGCCACAGAUUGUAUAAGAAUCAUAUUGAAUUGUGCCACAUCCUUUAUUACAUUUAAAUUUAAACUGAAAGUUAUGAUACAUGAUAUAAUAAUGGAGAAAGCAUUAUAAGGUCUGUUCUUUUGUUCUCCCAAUUCUUUGGGUACUUAUGCAUGGUUCUACAAGUCUGAAGAUUUGUUCACUUAGAAUUUUAUAAUAUGUCAUUUGUCUCUUAUGCACUCACAGAUCUGUCUUACAUUUACUUGGUUUCCCCUGAGUUUGACUGGUCCGCAUAAAGCUUUGUACAUCUAAAUAGGCAUAUCAUCCGAUUAGGUAAAGACACUUCAGCAGUCGAUUCAUCUGUGACUGAAUUGAAAAUGGGCAUGGCAAACUUGAACGAUCCAGGGAGCUCAACUGACAAAAUAAAUGAAGAAGCCUGUUGCCUGGGGGCAGAAGAGCAAGUGCAUUCUGGUGACCAGGUGCCAAUCAAAGAUAGUCUGUAUAAAGUGAGAUAUUUCAUUAUCAAGAGUUUGAGCCAUGAAAAUAUUCAACUGUCAAUAGAGAAGGGACUUUGGGCAACUCAAAUCAUGAACGAGCCUAUUCUUGAAGAAGCCUUCCAAAAUUCUGGCAAGGUAAUUCUCAUUUUCAGCGUCAACACGAGUGGUUUCUUCCAGGGGUAUGCUCAAAUGAUGUCUUCAAUUGGUGGGAGACGGGAGGACAUUUGGAGUCAAGAAAGUGGUAAAAAUAAACCUUGGGGGCGGAGUUUUAAAGUCAAAUGGCUGUGUUUGCAUGAUUUGCCUUUCCGAAAGACUCUUCAUCUGAAAAACCCUUGGAAUUAUUACAGACCUGUGAAAAUUAGUAGAGACUGCCAGGAGUUACCUCAGGAGAUUGGUGAAGCUCUUUGUGAGCUUCUUGAUGGGAGAGAUGAUGUGGAAAUUAAUUUGACAAGAGAUGAAGCAAGGGAUGAUCUUUAUUCACAAUGUCUUUACAAAGAGCAAUUACAUUCUUUUCAAAAUGAAGACUGUAAUGUGCCUCCGUUGCACAUGGAACCGGCGCUGGAUCCCUUUUUCCUCUAUCAACAUCAAGCUGAAGUAAAUAGAUACCAUUUAGCACACAUUAGAAAAAAUGGCCUGUCAGCAGAGAGAAGCCCCCAUGCUUUCACUCUGACUGAAGAUGAUAUUCUGAAAAUGACAUAUGAAGAGUACCUUGAAGCUCAUAGCAGAGGCUACAGAUGGCCACCUGACCCUGCUGCUGGAACUUCUGAAAGCGUGCAGAAAUCUUCAUCCAGUAAAAAAAUUUCUGAUGAUUCGCAGUUGAGCUGCAGUUCAAAGAAAAGGAAGCGCCACUGAUUGGUAUUCUAUCAAGAAGUUAGGCUAUGUGUAAUUUGCUAGUCAGCUUAUGAUGUACUGUGAUGUGAAUUACAGUUGUUUCAUUUCUCUUCAAUGCUAUUGUGUAUUGAACUCAUUGUUCUUCAAACUACAGUCGAUACAGUUGUGUUGAAUUCACAGGUAAGAAAAAUCCAAAUAUUUUUUGUUUCCGGAUUUAA